GUGUGUGUGUGUGUGUCAGUUCUGUUGGCCGAGCCCAUCGAGGAGGACGACAUCGGGGGAAAGACUCUGAAGAUCACAGAUUUCGGGCUGGCGAGAGAGUGGCACAAGACCACAAAGAUGAGCACAGCGGGCACGUACGCGUGGAUGGCACCUGAGGUCAUCAAGUCCUCCACCUUCUCUAAAGGCAGCGACGUGUGGAGUUAUGGAGUGUUGUUGUGGGAGCUGUUGACAGGUGAAGCUCCAUACAGAGGUAUUGACGGUCUGGCUGUGGCUUACGGAGUCGCUGUGAAUAAACUGACUCUUCCCAUUCCAUCCACCUGUCCUGAACCCUUCGCUCAGCUCAUGUCCGAGUGUUGGGAUCAGGAUCCUCACAGGAGACCCAGUUUCAGCUCUAUACUGGACCAGCUGAGCGCUCUGGAGCGACAGGUGAUGGAUGAGAUGCCUCCGGAGUCAUUUCAUUCUCUUCAGGACGACUGGAAGCUGGAGAUUCAGGACAUGUUUGAUGAACUCCGAGCUAAAGAGAAGGAGUUGCGUUGUCGUGAGGAGGAGCUGAAGCGAGCCGCUCUGGAGCAGAAGUGUCACGAGGAGUUUCUCCGUCAGCGGGAGCAGCAGUUGGCUCAGUGGGAGCAGGAUGUGUUUGAGCGAGAACUUUCACUUCUCAUUCUCCAUCUGAACCAGAACCACAAACCCAACGUCAAGAAACGCAAAGGAACCUUCAAGAAACACAAACUCAAGGUGAAGAACGGAGAGAAGAUCAGCAUGCCACAGGAUUUUAUUCAUAAGAUCACAGUUCAGGCGUCGCCGUGUUUGGAGAAGAGACGGAAUUCUCCAGAUCUGGGCUCGCCGUCCAUUGGGCCGCGCUUCCGUGCCAUACAGUUGCCGAGUGACAGUCGCUGGAGUUCAGUUUGGCCUGUGGAGUCUCUUCCACACAAGCAGUCGAAUGGUGAGAGGAGGUUUGCAGCUCCACAUCUGAGUCCUAAAAGUCCUAAAAGUCCAAAGAUUCUCAGACUCAGUACACCAGAAAACAGUCUGUCCAUGAGAGCCAAACUUCUAGACAUGGACAGUAAUGAAAACCAGGAUUCGAAAGCAGAUUUUGAGGAAUACAUACCCAUCACACCGGAAUCCAACCACAAUGAAGGCUCCGAGAGCGAGGAAGGAGGUUGGUCCCCCUGCGGCUCGCCCAAACCAGAUCACCUCGGACCGUCGUCUCUCACUAAGAGCACACACCGCGCUCUGCUCGGCAGCGCCGCCCUGCUGGCGUCCGUGGCUCUGGGCCACUGUCUGGAGCCUCAGCACCCCCCCACACCGCCCCCGCGGGCCUCCUCCAGAACUCACCUGCCCGCGCUGGAUCUAGAACCGGAGGUGGUGGGAGAUCUGAUCACGUUCAGCACAGACUCUCUGCCGCGAGGAUUCCUGGACGCGUUCAAACCGUCUGAGGUGAAACCGUUACCUCUCACCCCACCGCCCCCUAACCCCAGAGAGAGAGACAGAUGGACUCGCCGCGCGCCCCACCACAGUCCUGGAGACGGGACGCUGAACGGAGAGACGGCCGGUGAGAUGUGGUAUCAGGACAGCGAGGGCAGGAGAAGACCUGCGUCUCAGCUGGUGUUGGAUCUUCCUCUGUGUCAAGACACGUUUGAGACUGAAGACAGAUCUCUGGUGUAUCCAGACCCUCGUCUGUGGAGUCCCCAACCGCAUCGUCUGGAGGUGAACGUCGUCCCUCGCCCGCGCCCCUCGCCCCUCCGGCCUCGCAUCGACCCGUGGAGUUUCAUAUCCGCCGGCGGGACGGACAGAGCGGGCCUGAAGAAAUUGGCUUCAUCCAGUAGCCCCGCAAGCCCUCGACUGGGCUACCAUCAACCCUCUCCCACCAACCCCUUCACAAACUGUGACCCGUUCCCUUCUCCAGACUCUGACCCCUUUCAUCUAAAGGUGGACCCUUCCAUGAACUCUGACCCCGCCUCCACGUUCGACCCGUUCUCCGCCCCCUUCCCGACUUCGCGCUCGGCUCCCUGCUCGACGAACGGAAGCCCAAAUCUCUCUGUCAGGGUGAACCCGGCCGAGUGUCCGCUCAUGGAUCUGGGCUGGGCGGCUGCCAACAACAAGCCUCUAGAUGCUGCCAAAGAGAGGAUUCGUCCUCGACGGACCCUCGGGCUCAGCCCCUUCAAAACACCCACUCAACACAGAGAUGACCGCUUCUAAACCCCUAAAGUGCAUUCUGGGAAAAGAUUUACAAUGUUGUGUUGGAAAGAAAACCAUGGCUCCCUCUCGGAUUGGACGAGCUUGCGUUCCGUCGUGCCCUUCACAUCUGGACAUGAGGAGUAAGUUGUGGAUUCAGAUGGGUGCUCUGGUGUUUUACGCUUCAUUUGGGAGGAACUGAAGUCAGCUCGGAUGUCAUAGAGAAGAAAGUCUGAGGUUAUCAUUUUCAUCUGCCUGAAGCUAGUUUCAUUUCAAAACAAUAUCUAGAAAUUCACAUGAUAUUAAACCCGUCUGCAAGUUCUGUGAUGCUUUGUGUUUGGUGUCUGGCCAGGAAAAGCAAACUUUAAUAUUGAUUUCAAAUCAUUAGGGUCUGUGGGCUGUGUUUAAUGACUCAAUAUAAUCUUGAGUUCUUUAUUCCGUCAUGCAUCUUUUGCCAUCUUUCACAUGCAUGUACAACAUUAUAUCUGAGGGCAUGUAAAGUGGUGUAGCAAGCCAGGGCCUCAUUUAUAAAAUGUUGUGUAGAAACCGUCCUAACUGUGAUUUUACCAUCAUUUCUCAAAGCGCGUUAGUGUGAUUCAUAGAAUGUAUGUUAGGGCUGUCAUGAUUAUUAAAUAAUCGUCUCAUCGCGAUUGUUUGACCUCAUCGCGAUGGUUUCAGAUCAUCGCAAUUAUUGCACAUCUCUAUAGAAGACACUAGGGGGAGCUGUAGUGCAUCUGCAUAUUUUAGUGUAUAUAUUGUAACUAAAGCAUGGUAAUACUUGUUAAAUGUACCACCACAACACAAUCACUUAAAAAAACUAAAGCAUAUACCAUAAAAAUAACCUGCAGUACAAUUUAAUAUUAUUUCAGUGUGAAAACCAGUCUACCAAAAUCUCAUUAACAUAGAAGUAAAAUUUUAUUGUAGUCUUGCAAGUGAGAAAAAACAGACUAGAAGCUUUUCUAUGACUGAUAGUAUUUUAAUGGUGGCUUCAAUUCACUCCUGAUCAAUUUACUUCAUUUACAAGUAUUUGGCGGUUGUAUUAUUGACAGGUAAAAGCCUAAACCUUAAAUAUAUGAUAAACCAAUAUUUUCCGAUGUAUUUCCAAGAAAAAAAACAUAGUCUUUAUAUUCAGAACAAUAUGGUCGUUUCAAAGCUGAAUCAAAAAUGAAUGAGAAUUAAAUGUCAAAGCUCAAAAACAGACAAUUAAUCGUCAUAAUCGCAAUGAUUUAUUAGACAAUUAAUCGUCAGCCAAAGUUCAUAAUCGUGACAGUCCUACGUACGUACGCACAGAAAACUCUUCACAUCAGAUGUGAAGAUAUCUAUACAUCUCAAAUGAUGGUGAAAACCGUUUCAGAUCCCCACCUUUAAUGAUGUCUAAUAAUGUCAUUGAUAUAUGAAAGAGCACCUGUCAACGUCCAAAUCCUCCACGAGCCGCGAGAAUGACUUAUUUUCCAAAACCCCGCAGCAGUCGGACAAGCAAAAGUGUGUUCGUCUGCUCAGACCCUGACGUGGCGCUAAGCACUUUUUUUACGAUCAAAUCUGUGCGUAUGCAUGUUUUAUAAAUGAGGCCCCAGGUCCGGGCCCAUAUGCUUUUAAAUGACCCCCUCCGUCUGUUCGAGACCAUUUGAUUGGCCACCUCAUGACGUUGACGCGCGCUGUUGGUGGAUCAGAGAUCUGAGGUCAGUCAUCAAGGCGUUUUCUACAGCAUUGUUGAACCAACGAAUACAACUCCGAUGCGUGCCCCCAGUCUCACCUGCACACCCUGACGCUACGCCGCUGGUCAUGAACCUCACGGUUAAUAAUUCUGUCAUUAUUGUGAACAUCGUGGAAAUGUAAAAAUGAGCAGAAAAUAUCUAGAAGGUGAUGUGAAAUCCAUUGAGAUGUGUUGUUCACUACUGACUGUCUCGGCGUGUACUGUACUGAGAUUUACUCUCAGAAAACAACAUUUGAACCAUGACCUUCAGUUGAUAUAUAUAUAUAUAUAUAUUGGAUUUAUUAAACACACUUGUAAACACAUUUAUUAAACACACAUUUGUUCGCUUUCGUGUCAUGUCAAACCUGAUUGACUUUCUUUCUUCAGCCGAACACAAAAGAAGAUAUUUGAUAAGAAAACAAAACCACUGAGACGUUUCUCAAAAUAUCUUCUUUGGAGUGUCACUAAAGAAAGACGUAUAACCGCACGAUAGAGAAUAAAUGUGGACAAUUAAGUUAUGACACAUGAAUGGAAACAUCGUCUCUCUUUAUGCCGCUGUGUGUCUGCCCGUUUCCUUUACUUUCUACAUCAUCAGGUCUUUUGAAAGAGAGUGAUGGGACACUCAUGGUCAAUGACCAAAGAACAGGAAUCUGGUUCAGACCGUGUUGAGGAUGCUUCCGUCAGGACAAAUUCACACGGCAUCAAUCCAGAAAGAAUCGGCUUUCAAAAUACUUCAUGACAAUCAUAACUCUGAAGGUUUGGAGGUCCGAUCUGAUGUGAGGUCACGUGGGUGUGAGGAAACGUCUGAACGCCUUUGACUUCAGCAUCAAAUGAAAUGAGAACCAUUUGAAAAGCUAUUGAUAUUUAUUCGUGCUCUUACACACUGGAUUCAAGACAUUCAGAGACAUGCGUCAUGUUAAAAGACGGAGGAAAGAUCACUUUUCUGUUUUGCAUUUCUCUGGAGUCUGUUGUAAAUUUAAAGGUGCUGCAAAAAGACAGUUUCGUGUUUUUGCCAUUUAUUAAAGGAGCUGUAUGUAAUCAUUUUACUGUAUUAAAUCAAAACAAUACCUUAAUAUGUUCCUAGACAUGUAGGAAACAUGCUAAGUUCAUAUAUUGGUUUGUCCAAAAAACAACGCUAUAGCCACUUAGUCCCUCUGAAAUGUGCGUUGCGUGCCGGAAUGUGUGUUUUUGUUUUGGUCCGUGUGACCCCGCCCUCUGCAGAUUCACCCACUUGUGUGUUUUCACAGCUCGGUUGCCAGUUGGCCACAAUACGCCCUUUUCACAUGACGUCACGCAUCUUCCGUUCUGCCGCGAAGCAGUGUAUCAUUACUUCCGCUAGCACUCCAGUUCAUACGGUGGCGGUAAUGCACCUAUAAGCUGAUUUGCCAACCGCCAGUAAAACUCAAGAAGAAGAAGUUACUUCCGCUAGCGCCUCAGAAUGGAGUUUACCAAGUGGCUUGCACAUCUGCCACAAAUACGUCUAGAUGAUGUACAACGUCUUGCAGACAAAUUUUCGCUAACAACAAGAUCAAAGCUAGAGAAAGGACACCAAUUCUCCGUUGAACAGUACCUGUGUUUUCUUUUCUUUUUGUGUUAGCGAAGGUGCUAGGAUAAGUACUUGAAUACGUGUUCUGUCAGUUUUUUUCUCUCACUGUUGUUAAAUUCCAGCGCGACGGCAAAACGGAAGUUCUUCUUCUUGUUUGUUGCUAGAAGGAUGUUAUGAUACACUGCUUUGCAAAAAGGUGGAAGUUAAGUGACGUCAUUGUGAAAAGGGCGUAUCACAGCAUAUUGCAGCAAACAAACGAUCUGGCUCAGAGCAGAUUCCACCCUUUCCGGUACUAUUACGUUGCAAACUUCGAUAGAAGUACUACAUUAUUUUACAACUUACGAGGAGUAAUAUGCAAUUUUAUUAGGGUUAUUUAAUAUGGCUCUUAAAUGCGACCUCCGGAGGACACAACCUCUGAAACGAGCUGCUGAUUGAGUUAUAUUUGCAAACAACAAAACCACUGCAAGCGUAUAAAUGAUCAGAUAAACUUUCAGUGUAAGAGUUGAUGCUGUCCACUACACUCCUGUGAGCGUCCAGUCUGACGUGGGCGGAGAAAACCCCUGACAAUAUUUAGAAUUCGGACUGCGAUACCAAGCUCAACCGCCAGGUGUCAAUGUUACAUACGGCUCCUUUAAGUACAAAAUAUAAAUAUAUAAUACAGAGACUCAUAUACAGCAGAAUGACUUGUUCUGAUGUGCUUUCUGCUUUAGACAUUUUCUCGAGUCAACAGAAGAAAAACACUCCAGACGUGUCUCAGACACCGUUCUGUUCACUACUGCCAGAGCACUCGUCUCUUUUGACAUUAUUAUUAUUAUCUUCAUGUGCUUGAUUUGUCAUUGUAGACUUAUAUUUAGUUCCACCGAAGCCCUUAUAACAACUCUUGUGUUCUUUUACUGUUAUAUUAAGUCAUGCUCUUUUAUUUUGCUUUGCCUUGUUUUGUUUUUUCUUUCAGUGGGCUGGGCCUAAUCACGUCAUUCCUUUGUGUCUUAGGUGUGUAUAUGUUUGUCUUAAUGACAAACGUGGCUAAUUGUAAUGGGGUUUAACCUGUGGAAAAGAGAAUAAAAAAGAGCAAAACCAAACAAACGUC